CGGACGAAUAAAGGACAAACUGAAUCAUUUUAAAUGAAAGUUUAUUAAUUGUCCGUAUUUUUAAAUUUUUAAUGACGAUGUACAAGCAAACAAGUCAGCAAAUUUUUAACGUCGAGAAAAUAGAAAAUAGGGACUUAUCUCUUAGCAACUCAGCUCCAGAUAAGUGUCAACCAAAAUUAAUCCAUGGCGGAAAUUAUAUCAAGGAAGACAGAGAUUCGAUUAAAAGCUUCACUUGCUUAAUUUUUUCUCCGAAGGAAGAAGAUGAAGUUGGAUCGCUAGGAAAAUAUCUUCAGCUUUUCGUCAAACACAAAGUGAAUCUAUUGCACAUUGAAUCCAGAAGUUCUCUUCGAAGACCAAAUAAUUAUGAAUUUAUGGUAGACUGUGCACCAGGUGGUAAUAUAACUUCUGUAAUUGAAGCUUUACAAAAUCAAUGCAGCUACUUUUCGAUAAUCUCUAGUAAUCACAAAGACAAUAUAAAUACAGUACCAUGGUUUCCAAGAAGAAUACGCGACCUCGAUAAGUUUGCUAAUCAAAUUUUGUCUUAUGGUGCCGAACUUGACAGCGAUCAUCCAGGUUUUACCGAUCCUGUAUACAGGAAAAGAAGAAAAUUUUUUGCAGAUAUUGCUUAUCAUUACAAACACGGACAACCUAUUCCAAAAGUGGAAUAUACGCCUGAAGAAAUAGCUACGUGGGGUGUAAUUUUUAAAAACUUAACCAAGCUUUAUUCAAAGUAUGCGUGCAGAGAACAUAAUCACGUUUUUCCGCUACUUAUCGAAAACUGCGGCUAUCGAGAAGACAAUAUACCCCAAUUAGAAGAUAUAUCCAAUUUUUUGAAAGAUUCUACCGGCUUUACACUUCGCCCAGUGGCAGGAUUAUUAUCUUCACGUGAUUUUCUGGCUGGAUUAGCCUUCAGAGUAUUUCAUAGCACGCAAUAUAUACGACAUAGCAGUAAACCAUUUUAUACGCCGGAACCGGACGUGUGCCAUGAGAUUUUAGGCCAUGUACCACUCCUCGCUGAUCCAUCUUUUGCACAGUUUUCACAAGUUAUCGGUUUGGCAUCCCUUGGUGCUCCAGAUGAAUAUAUAGACAAACUUGCAACGUGCUUCUGGUUUACGGUAGAAUACGGAAUAUGUCGACAAAACGGAGAAUUAAAGGCAUACGGUGCUGGUUUACUCUCAUCUUUUGGCGAAUUGGAAUAUUGUUUGAGCGGCAAGCCAGAGCUUCGACCUUUUGAUCCACCGAAGACAGCAUUGCAAAAAUAUCCGAUAACAGAAUAUCAACCAGUAUAUUUUGUUGCUGAAGACUUUGAAGACGCCAAGCAAAAGAUGAUAAAAUUUGCUCAAAACAUACCGAGGAAAUUCGGAGUGAGAUACGAUGCUUAUACGCAGAGUAUCAGCAUUAUCGAUAGUAAACAACAAGUGGAAGCUCUUGUAAAUAACGUGAACCAAGAAGUACAAAUUUUGACGGAUGCGUUAAGAAAACUGCACCCUUAAUUUUAUUUUACGUUAUUUCUACAUAAUAUGUUUUAAAAUAAUCAGU